AUGUCCAUCGGAGCAGCGCAAAAUAGUCAAAGCAGCUUAGAUAGUACCAUCAAUACUCUCAAAAGAUGUCUUCAAAUCGCUCAUGGAGGUGGAGCUCCUCAAUCGUGCCCGUCCAAUAACCAGCAUCCAUCAUCGUCCCAGCAUCCUAGUGGAACUUGGUCACGAGAUCAGCAUAUGUUUGGUUGCGAUGAAUCAAAUCAAAGAAGCAACGAAAAAGCUCAAAAUGUGAUACUAGUGGAUUAUAAGGAUGAAACACAAAUCGGGGAUAUCAUGCGCCUUAUAACAAAGGAUCUCAGUGAACCUUACUCUAUCUACACGUACAGGUAUUUUAUUCACAACUGGCCGGAGCUGUGCGUUCUGGCUUACGACACACUCACAGAUUCUUAUGUCGGUGCAGUUGUUUGUAAGCUGGAUAGAAAUGCCGAAGGACGACGGAAAGGCUAUUUAGCCAUGCUUGCAAUUGAUGAGUCGUAUAGAAAGUUAGGGCUCGGUACACGACUAGUGCGCCGUGCCAUUGAGAGGAUGCAAGCUCAAGGAUGCGACGAAGUUGUGCUCGAGACGGAGGUGUCAAAUGUGAAUGCUCAACGUCUUUACAGCAAUCUUGGAUUUAUUCGUGAGAAACGGCUGGUCAGGUAUUAUCUAAAUGGUGUUGACGCCUUCCGCCUGAAACUGUAUUUCUCUCCACCGAUAGCUUCUGCGAUGAAGUCUUCUCUAGUUUGA